AAUCCCAAAAUGACAUCUACAAACAUGUGACCAGUCCAGAACAAACCGAGAUCAAGCUCCCUCUCCGUUAAUUCAAAGUGCGUCACGGAAUCACGCGGUGCACAGGAGAGAUCUAGUGCGCACUAUUAUACCCGGGGAUAAAUAAUCGUCAAAGUUCUGUCGUAUCAUGGUGAAGAUAGCGUUCAACUCUGCUCUGGCGCAGAAAGCCCUGCAAGGGAAGGAGGCUGGGCUGGUCUCUGAGAAGGAUCCCGAGGCAGCUGUGGGUAACCUUAGCAGCAGUAAUCAAGGCUCUACAGGGAAAUGUGUCCUCACUCUACUGGCUCUGUCGUUCAUCCUGACUGGGGCUAUAGUAGGGGCAGCCUGCCUCUACCGAUACUACACACCCAAGAGGCUGUACCACGGGGCCAUGCAGUUCAGUGAGGUGUCCAGCGGGGCGGCGGUAGAGAGACAGCCCUACUAUCUGCCCCGCGUCGAGGAGGAAGUAGAGAUCUCUGACAACAUGGCCACCAUCAAGGUCCCACCCCCUCGCUUUGCCCAGGGAGACCCCGCAUAUAUCCUGCACGACUUCCAAAAGAAGCUGACGGCAUAUCUGGACCUGACUCUGAGGACAUGCUUUGUGAUUCCCCUGAACACUUCAGUGGUUCUGCCUCCUCAAGACCUCAUGGACCUCUUCAUGCAGUUAAUGUCGGGGUCGUUCCGUAGCUACCUGGUACAGGAGGACCUGGUCGUGACGGAGCGUGUUGAUGACGUCACAGAGAUGGGCUUCUAUAUCCGCCGGCUGUGUGAGGGCAAGGACACAUACAGGAUGCAGCGCCGCAGUGACCUAACAGGAGGAGGGAUUCAUAAGCGUUCGGUAGAGGAGUGUUUCACCAUCCGUCACUUUGAGAACACCUUCGUCACCGAGACCAAGAUCUGCAAGGCCUAAUGGGAGAACACCCGCACACGUGGAGUGAGGGAGAGAGAGGUGUAGAGGGAUAGAGGGAGAGAUGUAUGGCACAUAAAGAGAGAGGGAGACAGAUGGGUAUAAGGAGGGAGUGAAUGUAGUAGUAAAGAUUAAUUUUAUAUGAAACCCUAAAUGUAAUGUUUCCCUGCUUCAUCCCACCGUAGACUUACAAUUAUCUGUUUUGUUUCUAUGAUUAACCCCUCCACUCUGUCACCAUUAACCUCUACCCUCUGACCCCUGUCUACAGAGCCAAACCCAUCCUCAGCUAGUCCAUUACCUGGUUGUGCUAGCUGACCUCUUCUGGCCUGUUGACUGUUAGGCUGCAUUCACACAGGGAGACCAAUUCUGAUCUAUUUUCACUAAUCAGAUCUGGAAAAGAUCUGAUGUCAAAAGACCUGAUGUGAUUUGUUAAAAGACAAAUUAGUUGAAAAAAUAUCAGAAUUGGGCUGCUUGUGCGAACACAGCCUUAGAGGUCUGACACUGUUUCUCCAUUUCCUGAUGCCACCUAGUGGUUACCAUGUAUACAACAUGUCUGAACCAUGUCCAGUAGGUGACUAACCUCUGACCUAGAGCCGGCCCCCUCUGCCUCCUAGCGACAAGGCCCGGCCCCCUCUGCCUCCUAGCGACAAGGCCCGGCCCAAACCCCAAGCCUGGGACCUAGAGGUCUACCCUGACAGACUCGACCCUAACCCCGACAGACUCGACCCUGACCCCGACAGACUCGACCCCGACAGACUCGACCCCGACAGACUCGACCCUAACCCCGACAGACUCGACCCUGACCCCGACAGACUCGACCCCGACAGACUCGACCCUGACCCCGACAGACUCGACCCCGACAGACUCGACCCUAACCCCGACAGACUCGACCCUGACCCCGACAGACUCGACCCUGACCCCGACAGACUCGACCCUAACCCCGACAGACUCGACCCUGACCCCGACAGACUCGACCCUAACCCCGACAGACUCGACCCUGACCCCGACAGACUCGACCCUGACCCCGACAGACUCGACCCUGACCCCGACAGACUCGACCCUGACCCCGACAGACUCGACCCUGACCCCGACAGACUCGACCCUACAGCACUGUGCUGAUGGUAUAGAGGCGACGGGCUACACAGUUGGAUGUGAGAGGCAGGACGUGUGAAGGUAAAAAUACCUUAAUAGAAAAUGACUCCAGUUAAAUACUACUCUGGUGAAAGUAUUGGGGUUUAAAUAUCCUGAAGUACCUUAAAGCAGACAGCAUGAUGUUCUUGUAUUUUAAAUGUACAGACAGCCAUGGGCACACACCAACACUGAACAGAUCAUUUACAAACAAAGCAUUUGUGUUUAGUGGUCCGCCAUUUCAGAGACGGUGGGGAUGACAUGUUCUCUUGAUGAGUGACUGAAUAGGACCAUUUUCCUGUCCUGCUAAGCACAGUACUUUUGGGUGUCGGGAAAAUGUAAAGAAUAAAAAGUACAUUAUUUUCUUUAGGAAUGUAGUGGAUUAAAAGUAGAAGUUAUAAAUAGUGAAGUGCAGAGGGGCUGGUAAGUCAGCAUUUCGCUGUAAGGUCUACCUACACCUGUUGUAUUCAGCAUUUCGCUGUAAGGUCUACCUACACCUGUUGUAUUCGGUGCAUGUGACUAAUAAAAUUUGAUUUGAGAUGCCCCCAAAAAACUACUUAAGCAGUACUUCAAAGUAUUUUUACUUAGUUACUUUACACCACUGUGCACAUGCUUGCGUGUGUGUUUUACAGAACACAAGCACUUAACAGAUGCUGGGUCGAUGUUUAUUCAGAAAGAGUAGAAUGUUAGAAUAAAAUUCCCUUUUUUGUUGUCCAAUAAAGAUCCAUGUCUUUACCUAAAGGUUACCUUAA